CAGCCAGCCAGCCCAGUCUCACGAGCUCAUAAGAAACCCUCGCGGAGCAACGAACCCCACUGCUCGCUCCCUCCUCUCCGCCGCCGCCGCCGCCGCCAUCGCCUCGCGGCCGCCUGCAGCUCCGCUCCCAAGGAGUUUGUGAAGGUUUCUUGAAGUCGAGAAGAUGGUGCUGAAGACGGAACUUUGCCGUUUCAGUGGUCAGAAGAUUUAUCCAGGGAAAGGCAUCCGCUUCAUUCGUGCUGACUCUCAGGUGUUCCUUUUUGCAAACUCAAAAUGCAAGCGCUACUUCCACAACCGCCUGAAGCCUGCGAAGCUUACCUGGACAGCAAUGUACAGGAAGCAGCACAAGAAGGAUAUCCAUGCUGAAGCUGUCAAGAAGAGGCGUCGCACCACCAAGAAGCCGUACUCCAGGUCAAUUGUUGGUGCUUCCUUGGAAGUGAUCCAGAAGAAGAGAGCUGAGAAGCCUGAGGUCCGUGAUGCUGCUAGGGAGGCGGCUCUUCGUGAGAUCAAGGAGCGCAUCAAGAAGACCAAGGACGAGAAGAAGGCGAAGAAGGCAGAGGUGGCCAAGUCCCAGAAGGCGCAGAACAAGGGCGCAGUCCAGAAGGGUUCCAAGGGCCCCAAGCUGGGCGGUGGUGGCGGCAAGCGCUGAAGAGCUCAAAAGGGUGUCGUCGUACUACUGUCCUGUUUCGCCAUAGCCUCUUUUGUAAAACCUCGGUUAAAUUAGCAAGACUUGGUUUGUUUCAGUGCUGUUGCCUGAGGAUGUUGAAAUACCAUGACGACGAACGAAUAUGGGUUUUUAUUCUGGAGAAAUGUUUGCCGGUCGUAUGCAUAUCAUGUGGUUCUUUUCA